UCUUGGCCAUCUUACCAGUCGUAGGAAUAGGACGUAGUUUGCCUCGCUAUUGCACUAUGAGAGGAGAAUACUUAAAAGAACGCCCGGACGGCGGUUGGGGAUGGAUGAUUGUUCUCGGUGGUUUGUACGAUCUAUCAAUGUGGGCCGGUUUCUUGAGAUGUUUGUCCGUGUUUUUCAAUCCUCUUAUGACCGAAUUCGACGUUGAAUACGGAGCGGUAUCGAGACUCACUGGACUUUUUCAAAUAGGAUAUGGCGUCUUCACAAGCCUCUGUCCUCUCGCUCUGAAGCACUUUGAAGCAAGAUCAGUCUGCAUGGCGGCAUCCAUAAUCGCAGGAAUAUCUUGCUUUGUCGCCUCUUUUGCAACAAAGUUAUGGGUCGUACAGACGUUUAUGGGCUUUGUUGUAGGUGGAGCAACAGGCUUUCUCCUCAACAGUCAAUUCACCAUGGUUGCCAGAUAUUUCAAAAGAAAACAUCAUGCAGCAAAUCAAAUCAUGUGUAUGGGGAUAUCAUUCGGUCCUUUCAUCGUCUGCCCAGGAUUCCAAUAAUUGAUUAGUACAUAUGGAUGGAGAGGCGCAGCACAGAUAGCAAGUGCGAUCUUAUUGAACACAGCAGUUGCAAGUGCACUGAUGCGACCAAUUAAACUUGAAAGUGACUUAGGAAUUCAGCUCGAGAAAUCGGAGAAAUCUUCUCCUGAAAAAGAAUCUACAGAUGUAAAGGGCGGUAAUGAUAAUAAAAAACCCAUUGAUGUCUCUGGUACGAACCAAAUUGUAAAAACCGAUCAAAAUUGUGACAAUGAAUCAGCUGGAUUGAUUGCAGUCAAUGCCGAAACUGGCCAUUCCAGUCCAAAUUUAAGCUCGAAUAACAUUGAAGACGGGAGUCAAAAUACUGACCACAGAAGUGGAUACAUUAGAUGGAUUGCUGAUAAACUGAUAGCUUAUAAUAUUAAUUUAUUCAUUGAUCCGAUAUUCUACGAAUUCACGAUGUCAUGGACCGGUUUUUCAAUAACGUUUUAUUCGGUUUUGGCAUACAUGAUACCGUAUGGAGAAAAGGUUCUCGGACUUGAUAAUUUUAAAGCAUCAACUUUAAUAUCAGCGGUGGCGUGCGGGGAAUUAUUUUCAAGAGUUGUGUAUACUUUUGUUCUGGACCGAAUCUCACAACGUCGGCGGGUCAUUUGGAUGGCUACAGUGUUUGGUCUUACAGGCGUCGUUUCCUUGCUUUUCACAUUCAGUAAUGGAUACGUUGGAGCUAUGAUAAUCAGUGUUAUCAUUGGAAUAUUAGGCGGAGGAAUCGAGGCGUUUAUUAAUACGAUCAUAGCAGAGAUAUUUGAACUUCAUCAAUAUGCGGCAGCCUUGGGUUACAGUAAUCUCACGUACAGUGUGAUCGAUUCUAUUGCUGUGAUGUUAAUAGGUGCAACGGUUGACCACUUUGGCGAUAUGAAGUUACCUUUUUACAUUGGUUGUGUGACGUCAAUCAUAUCAUGCUUAAUAACUGUAAAACUUAUUCGUUCUAUGGAUCGAAUAAGAAGAGAUCGGAGGGCAAAACAAAUUCGUGAUUGAAGAAAAUUUGGAGUAGUGAUGCUCGGAGAUGUCUACGUUGUUCUCCACUUUUUUUUCAAUUUAUUAGGAUUGAAUUUAACAUAUUUAUCCUGGGAGAAAAGGAAAGCCAAUAGCACGGCUUAAUCGUAUGGGGAACCACGGCCUCCCGUCCGAUUACCAGUCUAUGUCAAAUGUGGGAUUAGUUAGCCAGUUAUGUGUUCAGAUGUAUGGACUUGAUGGUAGAGGAAGCCGUAACCGAACAGUGGUUACGUGAACCACCCUACAGCGGCGAGAAGUCCGACAACCAGUUUAGCAGGAUAGGAUAGGAUUUACAUAUUUGUCCCGGGGUAGAGAAUAUCCGCUUAAUCAUAUGGCGAACAACGGCCUCUCGUCCGGUUAACAGUUUAUGUCGAUCGUGGUAUUAUUUAUCAAAUUAUUUGAUCGUGGAGGAAGCCGCAACCGACCAGUGAACCACCCUGCGUCGGCGAGAAUUCCAGCAAUCCUCUCGUGCAUAAUUAUCCCCGCAUGCAUAGAAUUCGAACCUGCGCAGGGUAAUCACAGAGGUGCGCUCAGCACGAUGCGCCACCCCCAAGACUGUUUCCGAGUAGUUUGUUUGUUUUAUUUGAGUAUAGCAGUAGCAAAAUUAAACCGUGUCCGUUUUUUAGAAUUCGAUUUUUGCUGAAAAAAGUAUGUCUGUUACUCGCAAUAGGGGUUAUUAUUACUUUACGCGAAGCUUCGAGCAAAGCUGAAAUAUUAUUGUCUACUCUGUACUGAUAUGUAGCAAGCACAAAUCAACUGAAUUCGUGUGAUCAAGUGAAACUUCCGUACUGUUCAUGAAAAACUACUGUUUUGGGCGCUCCAGAAGUGUGUGUACCAAUAUGGAGAUAAUUAAUUUUGUUCGCAUAUUUUACAUCGAGUAGUGUAAGAGGACUGAAACCUCUUGGCAGGGGGUAUAUUCACUUGCCUAAUACAGCCAGUACCCGAACUUGUAAUAGAACGUAAAUAAGGAAAAUCGGAAUUAAAGUAUGACCUAACCCUAACCUGGUACACACACUACUCCUUUUUGG